UUAAAUUUUGAAAAUUUAACUUUUAUUUUUUAUUUUUUCCGCCCGUUUAGAUCGUUGAAUUACGGUGGGAUCGGAGUGGUUAUAGGCCACGAGAUUACACACGGAUUCGACGAUAAAGGUCGGCAAUUCGACAAGGAGGGAAAUUUAAAGCAGUGGUGGAAUAACGCAACCAUCAAUAGAUUCCGAGAGAGAACCCAAUGCAUCAUCGAUCAGUAUUCCAGCUACGUUCUAGAAGACACAAAUUUAAAUGUGAACGGGAAAAUGACACAAGGCGAAAAUAUUGCCGACAACGGAGGUCUAAAACAAGCUUACAGGGCGUAUAAGAAAUGGGUAAGCAGAGAGGGAGAAGAGUUAGGAUUACCGGGAUUAAAUCUAACGCAUGACCAAUUAUUUUUCCUUAACUACGCACAGAUCUGGUGCGGCUCGAUGAGGCCGGAAGAAGCCAAGAAUAAAAUAAGAUCGUCGGUACAUAGUCCCGGUCCUAUCAGAGUUCUAGGGCCACUUUCCAAUUCUUUCGAUUUUGCCAAAGCCUACGACUGUGUUCCUGGUAGCAGGAUGAAUCCGGUUAAGAAGUGUUCCGUUUGGUAAAGUGAAAUUUUUACAAC